AUGCAAGACACAAAGAGCAAAAUAGAAUUCUGGAACUCUGUGCUGGAGGGCGAAGAGAUGCAGGAAGGCCUCGAAGACGAUCUUUUGCGGGAUAUCCAAUUUGUGCACGAAAACAUGCAGGAAGAGCAUGCUUUGGAGUUGCUCGAUAUUUUGGUGCACUCUCUCCCCCUCGUGGAGUUUCCGUGCGUGGCUCUGGACUCGAUUCUUUCCAUGGUUGAAGCUGGCGGGAGAGUGGCCGUGCACGCCUUCAAGGGGCUUAUGCUCCUGUACACGGAGCACAGUGCGAGCGUGCAGGACAUAUACGGGCUUUUGCACGCGCUUCUCACGGAAGAGCUCUUCUUGGAGGAGUGCGACUUGCUGCUGAUUCUCGUGAACGACCUUCUGUACAGCAGCAGCAUCUCCAUGCAGACGAUUCGGAGGUUUUCAAAGCGCCUCGCAAGAAUUGCCAUCCGGACGGACGUGUUCACCGCCGGAAAAAUACUGAACGUUCUCUCCGUUAUGCUGAACAAGCACAAAGACGCAAACAGAAAGGAGGAGGUGCGCCCAAAAAUUCCUGUCAUUUCCCUUCUUCUUCCGGGAAAGGAGAACGCCGCCCCGGAGAAGGCUGCGCAGGAGAGCGAAGACAUGUACCUGCACGAGCUGGACGCCCUGAAGGACCACCCCAUUCUGAACAUCUAUGCCCGCGAGGUGAAGCAGAACCGCGUGGUGGACAUUCAGGAGUCCGACCUACAGCGGGCUCUGCUGGAGCUGCUAAACUAG